CUCAAAUCAUCAAAUCAGGAGUGGGGAAGCCAGGGACCAGAACACCCAACACAGCUGCGCGUUCGUUUGGCAGACAGUCAAGUCUCUCUCUUCUCCAUCUUCUUGCAAUCGAAGAGCUUUCCUUUCACUCGUUUCUGUUGCUUGGUCUCUUUGUGCGGAAUUCAGAGGGAAUCAAUCGGGUGGCUUUGCUUUGCUUUGUUGGGACGAGACGGAACACGAGGACGACAUCAUAGACCAACACCCAAGAACGCUUGACGCGGAUCCCCUAUUCCUAUUCACUACCUCGACCGUACGACUACCUUCUCGAGUCCAUAUACAUACAUUCACCUUCGUUCUGCAGGCACAACACAAUUGAUUCGACCAAUUCCUCCUGCCUGUAUCACCCUCCGAACCACAUUCCAUCCUCGACUCAACCCCUCCAUACCUUCGAACAGCCUUCCCUGAAGGCAUAGCUCCAACACCACCACCCCCAUAUGUCCUUGCGCAGCCCAAAAACACCCACCGACUUCUCGCGCCGCGGCUUCCAGCCCCUCCCCCAGAAUAACUCCUCCAGCAUGGGCACCCGCUAUGAAAACGAGCCCGGCAUCCCCCUCCAGCAAGUGUCCACCCUCGGCUCCUCGACCGGAGCCCGCAAGCCCGGCGAAGGCGUCAUCUCCCCUCUUGACACAGAGCCCACCAUACCGGACGACGAAAAGAAAGGCUUCUUCGCGCGCGGACCUGCCGGCCAUCGAAAGUUAAAGAAGCUCAACAGCAAGCCCAAACGCAUUGGCACAGAUGGCGAGGAAGUCUCGGUCAAUGGGCUUGGGCGCUUCUAUAAAAAGAUUGUCAAUUUCUCGGUGGUGACGAGAUACUUUGUGUAUGUGCUGCCGGUGGCACUGUUGAUUGCGGCGCCGAUUGUGAUCUAUGCGGUCUUGAAUCCGAGAGCGUUGUUGGGCAACACGGGUAUCAGGGUUUAUGUUUUCUUUACUUGGUUUGAGAUUAUCUGGCUCAGUAUUUGGAUCAGCAAGCUGGCUUCAAAGGCGGUGCCGUAUGUGUUUAUGUUCCUGUGCGGGGUCGUCUCCUCCGGUACACGAAAAUAUGCACUGGUGUUGAAGGCAGUGGAGAUCCCAUUGAGUUUGGUGGGUUGGUCUGUUACUUGUCUGGUCACCUUCACGGCCUUGAUGCAGCCGGAUAUUAAUACGGGACGGGGAACGGCUUCUAAGCAUUGGGUCUCGGUCGUCAGGAAUCUGCUGGUGCCAGCGUUCAUUGCUACGCUGCUGUUACUGGGCGAGAAGAUGAUUGUGCAGUUCAUCAGCAUCAAUUACCACCGCCGCUCUUUCGAUGGCAGGAUCAAGGAGUCCAAGAAGAAUGUUCAUCUUCUGGGCUUGCUGUACGACGCGAGCAGGACAUUGUUCCCGAUGUAUUGCGAUGAGUUCGUCGAAGAGGAUUAUGUGAUUAGUGAUAGCAUUGAAGCUAUGCUUGCGAAGAGCACGGGUCGGGCACUUGGACACAAGCGAAGCGGAUCUGCCACUCCUUUACGGAUCAUUGGCGAAGUUGGCCGCAUUGGAGAUAAAGUCACUUCGAUAUUCGGCAACAUCGCAUCUGAGAUUACCGGCAAGCAAGUCUUCAAUCCUACCUCUGCACACUCGGUUGUCGUUGAGGCAUUGGAGAAGACGAGAUCUUCAGAGGCACUGGCGAAGAGGUUGUGGAUGUCUUUCGUUGUGGAAGGCAAGGAAGCACUGUUCCAAGAAGAUUUCGAAGAGGUUCUCGGCCCGGCAAGAAAGGACGAUGCACAAGCUGCAUUCGACGCUCUCGACAACGAUGGAAACGGCGAUAUCAGCCUUGACGAGAUGAUCAUGAAAGUUGUCGAGAUCGGACGAGACAGGAAGGCCAUCGCAGCCAGCAUGCGGGAUGUAGGACAAGCGAUCGGCGUGUUGGAUCAAGUGCUCAUCGCUGUUCUAUUCGUGAUAGUUAUCUUUAUCUUUGUCGCUUUCCAAGACACCAACUUCGUCACAACGCUCGCAACAGCCGGAACCACACUCUUGUCACUAUCCUUCGUCUUCGCGGCCACCACUCAAGAAUUCCUCGGCUCCUGCAUAUUCCUCUUCGUCAAGCAUCCCUACGACGUCGGCGACCGCGUCGACAUCGUCGGUCCCACCCAAGAAUACCUGGUCGUCGAACAGAUCUCCCUCCUCUUCACGGUCUUCAAGCGCAUCGACAGCAUGAAAAUGGUGCAAGUGCCCAACAUCGUGCUCAACAACCUCUGGAUCGAGAACAUCACGCGUUCCAAAGCGAUGAAAGAACAACUUGAAAUGUACAUCUCUUUCGACACUUCUCUCGAAGACAUCGAACUUCUCCGCAGCGAAAUGGAAGCAUUUGUCCGGCAUCUAGAAAAUUCACGCGACUUUCAAAGCGAUAUCAUCCUCGAAGCGACCGGAAUCGGCAAUAUGGAUAAGUUACAAUUGAAGGUUGAGAUCCGCCACAAGUCCAACUGGCACAACGAAACCGUCCGGGCAGCCCGACGCAGCAAAUUCAUGUGCGCACUCGUCCUCGCCCUGCGAAAAGUACCCAUCUACGCGCCCGGCGGUGGCGGCGAGCCGCUCGGCGGCCCCAACAACCCUUCGUAUUCGGUCGCGGUGUCGGACGAGCUUGCUGCUGAAGCUCGCGAAAAGGCUAGCCAGGCGAAAGAAGCGAAGCGUCUCAUCCCUUCCUCGUCCACAAAGCCGCAGGGCAAGUCAAGCGGAGCGGAGUUAGGGAGUAAGGAAGAGGAGAAUGCGGCGGAGAUGCUGAAUCGACGACGCCCGUUGGAUUCCGUUGGUGAUACGGCGUGGACUGCACGCGAUGAUAUCACGCUGGGCAGUAGGGAGGGGAGUAUGGAGAGGCAGCGAUCGAACGACAUCGAUACCCUGAAGCAAAGCCUCCUUAAACGCGAAUCUACGCGAGGUCGUCGCAGACCGGGCGAAGUCCUGCCGCCGAUGCCUAGCGCCGCGGGCCCAGGGGUAAGCGUCACGGGCCCGAGUCCGUCGAGGGAGAGGGCGGAUAGCAGGACGACCUUCUUGGGUGGUGGUGGUGCCGGUGGGUAUGGGGGCUCUGGACAGGGCAGGGAGGUCAGGCUGGAUGAGGAGGCGGAGUUGGGUAUCCACCCCACCAGCUCUACACAAAACAACAACCCUUACGCGAGCUACGGUGCGUAUACACCGCAGCUGCAACAACCGCAACAGCCGACGGGGGGUUAUAGCAUGUACCCACAGGCUGCUCCGCAGCAGCAAGGGCAGAGGGUGAACCCGCUUGGUAGCCAACCAGUGGCAGGGCAGGCCCAGGGACGGAGGAGAGGGGAGAGUAAUGCUGCUUUGGGGGCCAGGAGGCCGAGUCCGGGGUCCAGCGACUCGCAGCAAUGAGCCACACAAGCAAUCUUUCCUGAUCUGGACUGAGGCGCCAGACGAUCAUACCUGGAAUGUGUCUUUGGAUAUGGAUUCAUAUCAGAUGUCAGUCAGGGUAAGAAGACUCUGGCGUCCAGAUUAUUGGAGAUUGAGAUGGAUAAAUGAGAUGAGAUGAGAUGAGAGAUUUCCAAUUCUUUUUUCUUCAUGGAGAUAACAUCGCCGUCUGAGACGCUCGCCUUGCAAAAUAGAUUCACACACACAUUAUAGAAGAAUAGAACGAAAAUUCAAUUGUACAUGUCAAGUACUCACCUUGGCUUUCUCACAUGUAUAGUUCAC